GAGAGCUUCUUUUCUUUUUUCUUUUUCCAGCCCGGACUGAGCCGGAUCACAGAGAUAUUGAAGGCGUGUUGUUGUAGUGAGCUUGCAUGGCCCUGUUGCAGGAGGACGGUCGCCAUCUCUGGGUAAACACUGUAACCGUAUCACGCAGUUGAUAUUAUAUUGUGUGGACUGGAUCCGGAGCGUACAGUAGCACCAGCAGCAGCAGCAGCAGCAGCAGGCGGGGUGCUAUGCUGCCUGCAACAGCGGACAAACACGACUCCCAUGCAGGACUGACGCUUUGUUUGUCUUCCUGCACAUCGGAACUGUCACAUCGGAUGUUUGGACGCUCCUUCUGGCUGACACUUGGUUUUGCGCGCAUAAACAAAAUGGGAUUUUAAUGCGCUUUAUCCUGUGCACAGCCAGGGGGACUGACGCGCUCUUGGUAAUGUUUGCCAAGGAAUAAAAAAAAAGGUGUCGCCCGAAGGUGCAUAACAUCUCGUUUCCAUGGACAGCACGUCCAUAAUAACACAGGUUGCAAAUCCGAAAGAGGAGGAGAGCAUUUCUACAAGUCAAGAUAAAGUCUCCCAGUCCAACAGCAGCCUAAAGAAGCAUCGCAGCCGGAGCAUUUUCAGCCCUUUCUUCUGCUGCUUCCGCAACUACAAUGAAUACCACGUGGAGCCACCACCCGCCAACAACAAGACACUUUCUCUGCCUCCGCCGCCAGAGGAGAAUGGCAGUCCUCCCAAGUGUGACCAGGUCCAGGUCAUCCCCAUCCCCAGUCCUCCAGCCAAGUUCCUUCUGCCAGAGGUCAGUAUAGAUGACUACGGCAAGAACUGUGUGGUGAUCGACCUGGACGAAACCCUCGUACACAGCUCCUUCAAGCCCAUCAGCAAUGCAGACUUCAUUGUUCCAGUGGAGAUUGAUGGGACUGUUCAUCAGGUGUACGUGCUGAAGAGGCCCCAUGUGGACGAGUUCCUCCAGAAGAUGGGGGAGCUCUAUGAAUGCAUCCUCUUCACAGCGAGCUUAGCAAAGUACGCUGACCCUGUGGCGGACCUGCUAGACCAGUGGGGGGUGUUUCGCGCCCGGCUAUUCAGGGAAUCGUGUGUUUUCCACAGAGGAAACUACGUCAAAGACCUCAGCCGGCUGGGCAGAGAGCUCAGUAAAGUCAUCAUCAUAGACAACUCACCUGCCUCCUACAUCUUCCACCCUGAGAAUGCAGUCCCAGUGCAGUCCUGGUUCGACGACAUGACAGACACGGAGCUGCUAGACCUGAUCCCUCUGUUUGAGGGCAUCAGUAAGGAGGAGGACGUUUAUGGUCCGUUACAGAGCUUGAGGAACAGGUAGCAGACGCCGGCUCCAGCUGGUCCUUCCUGCCUCGGCGGCGCUGCACAGAGGCCUCACCUCGCUGCAACGGCCCCACAGCCCGGCUCCCGUCCUCCGAGCGACGCUCCAAAUCAGAGCACUUCAGGCAAUUGUUCCGGUCGUAAUGAAGUCAAGAGACAACGACUGUAGAGUUUCUCACCAUCUCUGGAUUCUUGGACUCUUUGUACAGGACUCCUGCUGACAAAUUAUAUCACUGUAUGUACAUACUAUAUGUUUCUAAGCAAGACAUACAUAAAGUAAUUUUUCUAUCAGAGAGCGGAGGUUUUACUAUUCUAUCAAGUAAUAUUUUAGUUACCAAAAAAUAAUCCAAUAGACAGGUUCUUUUUGCUGAGAAUGAGUGACGUUGAGUUUUUGUUUUUGUUUUGAGCUGUGCUAUGCAGGCUGUUGUAUUUCGUCUGACCUUUCAUUCAAACAACUGUGAUUUAUCUUCUCUUACAGAAUGAAGUGCCUUCAUUACUGUGCUGAUUUUGUUGUGUCAGGUUACGGGGUGCACAUUUUUAUGCUGCAUAUUAAUUCAGAUCUCCAAAUACGUAUUAACUAAAUCCUCAAAUUCAAGUUGGAAAUAAGUCUGAAUUGUCUGAGAAAUCUGAGAAAACAGAAAAGAAUAAUUUCUAGAAAUGUAUCCAGCUAGUCUGUUAGACCUGGAUGAGUCUUUGCUUUUGAGUUCAGUAACAUUGAAUUGUUAAAUUUACCAAAGAUUUCUACAAUUCAAUGUGAUUUGUGACUGAAUGAUGUUGUUUGAGCCUUGGCAGUGAUUGUAAAUUGAUAAUCCUUAAAGACAUUGAAACCCCACUUUGUUAUUGAAAAAAGAAACCUUUGUGAUGACAUCGCUGUCCACCAAUAAAUGUAAAACGUUUGAGGAAGAUAUAAUAAUUAGCCUAGAAAACAUGAGAUUCUAUUUAUUGGGGAAAAAGGGGGUUGGGUGCAUUGUAAAGACUGCUGUUGAAAUCGUACUGUACAACAUUAUUAAAGUUGCAAGU